AUGGCUUUGAACGCUAACGCGUUAUCCAGUGACAUAAGCCGAAGAAAUCCACAGGAUGAGUACGAGCUCAUUCAGAGGAUAGGCAGCGGAACGUACGGAGAUGUUUAUAAGGCAAAAAGACUUUCCAUGAAUGACCUCGCCGCAAUUAAGGUUAUCAAGUUGGAACCAGGGGAUGAUUUUGCAAUAAUUCAACAAGAAAUUUUAAUGAUGAAAGAUUGUAGACAUCCUAAUAUUAUUGCCUAUUAUGGAAGUUACUUAAGAAGGGAUAAAUUAUGGAUUUGUAUGGAAUAUUGUGGUGGUGGUUCCCUACAAGAUAUAUAUCACAUAACUGGACCAUUAUCAGAAAUACAAAUAGCAUAUAUGUGCCGAGAAACUCUUUUGGGAUUGGCUUAUUUGCACAGCAUGGGUAAAAUGCAUCGUGAUAUUAAAGGUGCCAAUAUAUUACUGACUGAAAGUGGUGAUGUCAAAUUAGCUGAUUUUGGAGUAUCAGCCCAGAUUACUGCAACUAUUAAUAAAAGGAAAAGUUUUAUCGGUACUCCCUAUUGGAUGGCACCUGAGGUUGCAGCUGUAGAAAGGAAAGGUGGUUAUAAUCAACUUUGUGAUAUUUGGGCAUGUGGAAUUACCGCUAUAGAGUUAGCUGAAUUGCAACCACCAAUGUUUGAUCUACAUCCAAUGAGAGCACUUUUUCUUAUGUCUAAAUCUGGUUUUAAACCACCAACGUUAAAACAUCGUGACAUGUGGAGUCCAACAUUUCAUAAUUUCGUAAAAGUUGCUUUAACUAAAAAUCCUAAAAAACGACCGACCGCCGAAAAGUUAUUGCAGCAUGCAUUUUUUCAAGGAGAAAUGAGUAAAAGUUUAGCUCUAGAAUUAUUACAAAAAGUAUCGAAUCCUAGUCAUAUGUUCACUGAUUUAGAAGCAGAUGAAGAUGGAGCUGUACCUAAUGUUCCACAAAGGAUAGCAUCACGUCACACUGCUAGACCUAGACCAAAAAGUCCUAUACCACAAUUAGACAGUGAUGACCAAAUUAAUAUUGAUGGAACACUACAAAGAGACGCAAUUUCUCCACCAGUGGAUGCUACUCCAUCAUGGAAUAUUAUGGACAUUAUGAAUAAUGUCAAGGCUGUUCAUAACUGUGAUGUUCACCCAGAUUGCGGCAUUGGGACAGCGUUUGAGGAUGUACAGGAAAAUACUGUUGGCGCUAACGUUACAACAGAUAGUAGAGAGUCGCGUCGAAGCAAAACAGGCACAGAGAUAUUUCAUAUGAGUUUAAGGAGUCUAUUGCAGUACAUUGAUGAGGAGUUGUUGCUAAGGGGGAAUGCAAUGUCGAUGGUUGGUGGGCAUUGCGACCAGCUAUAUUCCCUGCAAGCUACUCUUCCUCUUGGGGAAUCAUCAAAUGAUUGCGAAGUACAUUGUCCAUAUUAUAAUAUGGCAGGAUCACAAGCAAGUCCCAGACGACACAGCUCUGUGGACGAGUUGUAUGGUCUGGUGAGCAGUACUCAAUCUUUAGCCGCUGUCAAUGGGCAACGUCAACGAUCUCUCUCGGACAGUGGUCCUAGAGAUGAAUCCCCUCAAUCAAAUGGUCAAAGUGAGAUGCCGAAUGAUGGAGAUAGAGAAAGUAUGAGUCCAGAUUUAUUAUCUGAUACUCCUCCUGUUCCUCCAAGGAGAAGGGACAGGAAACGCCAUACACCUCCUAGGCCCAUCAGUAAUGGUUUACCACCUACACCCAAGGUUCAUAUGGGUGCAUGUUUUUCAAAAGUUUUUAAUGGUUGUCCGUUAAGAAUACAUUGUACUGCGAGUUGGAUUCAUCCAGAUACAAGAGAUCAGCAUCUAUUAAUUGCGGCAGAAGAGGGGAUUUAUAAUUUAAACCUGAACGAACUUCACGAAACUGCGAUAGAUCAAUUAUAUCCGAGACGUACGAUUUGGAUGUAUGUUAUUAAAGAUGUCCUCAUGUCUUUAUCUGGAAAAACUCCUCAAUUGUAUAGACACGAUUUAUUAGCAAUGCAAAGCAAACAAACCCAUAGGUUUUCAUUGCAUAUGAAUAAAAUACCUGAGAGAUUGGUACCUAGAAAAUUUGCUUUAACUACUAAAGUACCAGAUACAAAAGGUUGUACUAAAUGUUGUGUUGGAAGAAAUCCAUAUAACGGGUAUAAAUAUUUGUGUGGUGCAAUGCCAACUGGAAUAUUUUUAAUGCAAUGGUACGAUCCUCUUAAUAAGUUUAUGUUGUUAAAACAUUUCGAUUGUACACUGCCGUCACCGUUAAACGUGUUCGAAAUUAUUAUCACACCCGAAAUGGAGUAUCCGAUGGUAUGCGUAUCUGUAAAACAACCAUAUCAACAAAACAGAUUAAAAUUGGAUUUAAUUAAUAUGAAUUCGGGAGCAAGUUGGUUUCACAGUGAUGAAUUGGAAGAUAUGGAUGGUUCUGCCACUGUGAUACUGAGAAGAGAAAACCUUCAUGUUAUCAAUGUUACUCAACUAGAAAAAAAUGCGAUUUUAGUCUGUUACGAUAAUGUGGUAAAGGUGGUAACGCUACAAGGAAAGCCUAGAUCGAGCAGAAAGCACAUGUCGGAGUUACAUUUUAACUUUCAAAUUGAAUCCAUUAUUUGUUUACCAGAUAGUGUAUUAGCAUUCCACAAGUAUGGCAUGCAAGGUAGAAGUUUCAAAAAUGGCGAAAUUACACAAGAAAUCAGUGAUCCGAGUAGGAUGUACAGAUUACUUGGAUCAGAUAAAGUUGUGAUGUUGGAAAGCCACCUGGUUCAAUCAGGUACUUUGACUGAAUCUGAGGGCGCAGAUUUGUAUAUACUAGCUGGGCACGAAGCCAGUUACUAAGUUCUUAUCUUCCAACUAAAUGUGCAGAUAUAAAGUAUCACAAGUGACUUGUGAUUCUUAUUGACUGCGUGUAAAGUAAAACGUGACUGUUCUGAGAGGCAGUGCUCGAUGUUGGUAAGAGAAUUGUUAAUUAUCCUGUUUUAAAGUGCAUAUGAAUGAAAUCAACGUACACACAUACACACGUCAUUCGUCACUGUUCUCCAUAUAGUCAUUGCUGCAUAGACUGGUUAU